GAGCACGGCAUUUGGCCUCUCUCGGUUGGUGCGCGUCUUAUUUCCACUAUCUUUUACUCAACACCAUUUUCAUACUUGACAGCUGAAAGAUCACCUACCUUUAUUGAAUUUACUAUUUUGGUUCAUUUACAUAACGGGGUCUGUCUUAACAUUUUAAAUUAACUUCCACUUCUAAAUCAGUAUCGUCCGUUUAUUUAUUUAACUAAUAUUCUGGACCGUUUUUAACACAUUUACAAGAUUUCCAAUCUUAAAUAAAUAAAAAUAUCACAUAAUCGCUUUAAUGGCUGUAAUAUAUAUCAAAAAUAGCGAUCCAGCGAAGAAAUAAGGAAGAAGGUGGUGUGCAAAUUCCCUCGGUCGUGAAGAUCGUCCUCUUUAUCCCCUGCCCAUCAUCAGGUAGUGCCCUUCGUCCUUUCUCUGCAAUUCAGAAAUGAAUUCCAACUACGGCAAAUCAAACGCACAGAAAGGUUCCUCUGUUUCUCUGAACAACUUCAACUUCGAUUUUGAUAUCGGCAUCGGAUCCAAUCGUCCCAAAUCCCUAAACGAUCAGAAAAACCCCAAUCCCUCCUAUUCUUAUUCAACCAAAACCACAACCACUUCAUAUUCUUCUACGCAACCCAACAAACCGUCAUGGACCCACCAACCCGCUCCGACUCAGACCGCGUUACCGGGUGGACCCCCUUCCAUGGUUGGGGAUAUCUUCGGCAAGAGUUGGGGAUCUACAUCCACUCAAACUUCGGGUUCCAACAUUGGGAUCGUUAAUAAGAACCCUAAUCUUUUUGGAGAUUUGGUGAGCUCUGCUUUUGGCCAGGGUUCCAAGACUGCUUCUACCAACGUUCCUUUGAAAAAUGCUACCAAGGUAUCAGCUCCCACACCCAACAACAAGUCCUCAUUUUCCAUGGCAAACAUGGCGGAUUCUUUGCCUAAAACUGGCUCCACACCACAGAGCAGUGCUAGUUGGGCAUCUUCUGGGACUUUUAGUAUGAAUAACAAUGAAACCCCUAAUUCUGGGGGUCCUUCAAUGCGGAGUAUGGGUACUGCUGCUGCACCGGCAACUGCAACUGCAACUGGAAGUGGGAUCAGUUCUAAUAACAAUGAUCCGUUUAGUUCUCUGGCUGGUAUUGGAUCCAAACAAUCUGCCAGUCUUAAUUCUGCUGCUAAAGUCCAAAAGGUUGAAUUGGGGGAUGAUGGUUUUGGAGAUUUUCAGAAUGCUUCCAAACCUAGCUCUGCCGCAUUUCCAUCUGGUGGUUCUGGGGGAAUUGACAUUGAUUUUACUGGAUCUGCCACUUCAAAUCAGACCCCUGUCCAGCAGCCAUCGGGUGGUGAUCCAAUGGACAUGUUUUUCACAUCUUCCUCCGCCUCUGCCGGAGCUCAUCCCUCUUCGGAAAUGGAUGAUUGGGGUUUGGAUUCUGAAUUUGGCGGGGGAGGUGAUGUAGGUGGCGCAACUACUGAGCUUGAGGGGCUUCCUCCUCCUCCUGCUGGCGUAUCAGGUUCCACUGCCAAAGGCAAGGGGAUGGACAAUUACAAGCAGGGACAGUUUGCUGAUGCUAUUAAGUGGCUUUCAUGGGCUGUCAUCCUUCUAGAGAAAGUGGGGGAUAGUGUAGGCACAGUGGAGGUUUUGUCGUGCAGGGCUUCGUGUUACAAAGAAGUUGGGGAGUAUAAAAAGGCCGUGGCAGAUUGUACAAAGGUUCUUGAAAAUGAUGAAACCAAUGUAUCUGUCCUGGUACAGCGUGCUCUCUUGUACGAGAGUAUGGAAAAGUACAAACUUGGGGCUGAAGACCUUAGGACUGUGCUGAAGAUUGAUCCUGGCAAUAGGAUUGCUAGAAGCACCGUUCACCGGUUGGCUAAGAUGGCCGAGUAGAAAUUCUAUUGUCCUUUUUUCUCCUCCAAUUAUUCCGCUAUAUAAUAGGUUUUUACACCACGUUCAACCCCCAGUUCCUUUGCUGUGAUAGUUAGGGGGUGAUACGUAUGAACUGCUCUAGAUUGUUGUCACGCAUCAUAUGGUGUAUUCGAUGUAUGGUUUAUAUGCCUUCAAAUUAACAUUCUUGAUUUCCUUCACCCAGAUUUGAACUUAAUAGAAUUGCCCUAUUCUUUUUUUAUUUGUGUUCUCUCGUGUUUGGACCGCUUGCAUACAUUUGUUGUUUCUUAAAAUUAUGAAGUGUUCUAGUUCUC